CUGAGCCCGUUGUGCCUCCCCGCCCUGGGGACGUAGCGCCUCAUCCCUCAGGGCAAGCUCCAGCAGGUGCAGAGCUGCGGCCUCGCGUAGGACGCAUCAGAACCAGAAGGGGCGACUCUUCCCUCCUCCCCGCAGGCCGGUCCUCUCAGGCCUUUGCCUCCAGUGUCAUGGCUGAAAGCCGAGGGCGGGACUGAACACCACGUGUGAUCAGCCCUCUCGCGCCGUGCGCGCUGCGUCCCCGGGGCUCGCCCGGAGUCCUCCCCCUCCCCAUCAUGCAGCGCGCACACGUCCCGCCGCUCAGACUCUAUGGUAAGCACAGAUGAGUUGCUCGCCGAGGAGGUGGAGGCGGGGCUAGGGCCGGAAGGAAGAUGGCGACGCUGGUGCUGGAUAACGGCGCCUAUAAUGCCAAGAUCGGCUACAGCCACGCGCACGUCAGUGUUAUUCCCAACUGCCAGUUUAGAUCAAAAACAGCACGUUUGAAAACUUUUACAGCCAAUCAACUGGAUGAAAUUAAAGAUCCCUCCGGACUCUUUUACAUUCUCCCUUUUCAAAAGGGUUACUUGGUGAACUGGGAUGUUCAGAGACAGGUUUGGGAUUACCUUUUUGGAAAGGAAAUGUAUCAGGUGGACUUUGUAGAUACAAAUAUUAUUAUUACUGAACCUUAUUUUAACUUCAGUUCAAUACAAGACUCUAUGAAUGAAAUUUUAUUUGAAGAAUAUCAAUUUCAAGCAGUUCUUAGAGUAAAUGCUGGGGCUCUCAGUGCACAUAGAUAUUUCCGGGACAAUCCAUCCGAGCUAUGUUGUAUCAUUGUGGACAGUGGCUACUCCUUUACACAUAUUGUACCUUACUGCAGAAGUAAAAAGAAGAAAGAGGCAAUUAUUAGGAUUAAUGUUGGAGGAAAGCUCUUAACCAAUCAUCUAAAGGAGAUAAUCUCUUACAGGCAGCUACACGUUAUGGAUGAAACUCAUGUAAUUAAUCAAGUGAAAGAAGAUGUAUGUUAUGUAUCUCAGGAUUUUUACAAAGAUAUGGAGAUUGCUAAGUUGAAAGGGGAAGAAAAUACAGUAAUGAUAGACUAUGUUUUGCCAGACUUCAGCACAAUCAAAAAAGGGUUUUGUAAGCCAAGGGAAGAAAUGGUGUUAAGUGGAAAAUACAAGACUGGGGAACAAAUACUUCGUCUAGCAAACGAGAGAUUUGCUGUUCCAGAAAUUAUCUUCCAUCCUUCAGAUAUUGGCAUUCAAGAAAUGGGAAUUCCUGAAGCCAUUGUUUAUUCAAUUCAGAACUUGCCUGAAGAAAUGCAGCCUCACUUCUUCAAGAAUAUUGUUCUGACUGGGGGAAAUACCCUUUUCCCAGGCUUCAGGGAUCGAGUCUACUCUGAAGUUCGAUGCCUCACUCCAACUGAUUAUGACGUUUCUGUUGUUCUGCCAGAAAACCCUAUUACUUAUUCUUGGGAAGGUGGAAAGUUGAUUUCUGAAAAUGAUGAUUUUGAGGACAUGGUAGUAACUAGAGAAGAUUAUGAAGAAAAUGGACACUGUAUUUGUGAAGAGAAAUUUGAUAUUUAAGUGGCACAUUUGGAGACAUAGUGAUACUCCACUAUUUCACUUUGAAUGGAACUUAUUUGAACUACAAACUAUUUUAUGUAAAUUAGAACUGUGUUCUAACUUUCUUUCCUAUAAUUAGGAAUGUACAAUGAAUUAGUGUAAAUAACUUUAUUUUCAGAUUUUAAACUACACUGAAGACUAAUAUGUUAUAUAUUGGCCUUUGUCAUUUUAUCUUAUUGUAUUCCAUCCUUACUAAAAUUUUUCAAUAAUUGUGUUAUUUUACUUUAAAAAAAGCGAAUUACCUAUUAAUGGCAUGAAACAAAAAUAUUUGAAGAUUAGUGUAAAACAAUUGUAUAGAAAUGAAGCGUUAGUCUAAACUUUAUUUUCUCUUCCAACAUGAAUGCUAUUGUCUUUUUACUGAAAUAGUAUGCAGAAUAAUUUGCAUCAAAUACUCUUUAACCUGGAGCUCAUUUUAACAUGUCCUGGGAGAAAAAAAUCCUAUAAAAGGCUUACUCUGACUUCUUGUAAUUAUCUCAAUGAAUGGUUAAACAAUGGUUAAACUCAAAGUGUAAUUAUUCCAGUGUGGAAUGUAUCCCAACUUUCUGAAUACUUUUCUUUUUUAUAAGUUUAGGCUAAAUCUAUACAACAGAGAUUACCUCUUUGCACAGCUCCCACACAUAGUUUAAAAAAAAACCAAUUAAGUCUCCAGAUUAAUUUAUUUGUUAGCCUUCCAGCACUGACUCUAACUAUGCCCUUUAUUUUGAGUACUGGACUCACAUUUGAAUAUGAAAUGAUUAAAAAAAAAAAGUUAGUUGUAUAUAGUACACCAACAUCUCAGGUCUCUAUUUUAAUCCUUGUCCUUCCGUACUUUCCCCCUUUGUUCUCCCUUGCUGCUGCACUUAAUUUAGAUAGUAAACCUUCAGAUAUAGACCCGUCAAGUGCCAUUAAUAUCUGUUAUAUAUGUAUUAAAAUUAAACGUACUUCCAAUUGGCCUUUGGAAAACAUCUUAAUCUAACUUUCUCAUGUAAUAAAUAAUUUCAUUAAUUUGAAA